ACUGUUAAAAGCAGAGCAGAUUGCCCUUCUUUCAAAAAAAAAAAAAGCAGAGCAGAAGGGAGACAGUGUGUCUGAGCAAGCAACAAAUGUCCACACAUCAAUGGCGUUAUUCUCGCCGCCUAUCUCUUCUCCACUUCAAAACCCUAAUCUCACUCCCAAGAUCUCACUCUCCCUCCUCUCCACCAAGCGCUUCUCUCUCGUCUCACUCACUCGAGCCUCCUCCUCCGACAACGGUACGUCAACACCCACAGUCUCUGCAACCACCGUGGAGGUUCCGAAGCCUACGUCUCCCACAGCAGAGGAGACUCCGGUUAAAUCUCCGACGGAAAGCUCCUCCGACGAUACUGAUUUGACAGCCACCACGACGACUGAGAUCAAGUUUCAGGAUGCGAAGUGGAUUAAUGGAAGAUGGGAUCUGAAACAGUUCGAGAAAGAAGGCAAAACCGAUUGGGAUUCUGUAAUCGUUUCUGAGGCAAAGAGGAGAAAGUGGCUUGAAGACAGCCCGGAGACAAGUACUAACGACGAGCCUGUUCUCUUCGAUACCUCGAUUAUUCCAUGGUGGGCAUGGAUGAAGAGAUAUCACCUACCAGAAGCUGAACUCCUCAAUGGUCGUGCUGCGAUGAUAGGGUUCUUCAUGGCUUACUUUGUUGAUAGCCUUACCGGAGUAGGACUUGUUGAUCAAAUGGGUAAUUUCUUCUGCAAAACACUCUUGUUUGUGGCUGUAGCUGGAGUUCUUUUCAUUCGCAAGAAUGAAGAUUUAGACAAACUCAAGGGCCUGUUUGAAGAGACAACGUUGUAUGACAAGCAAUGGCAAGCGGCGUGGAAAGAGCCGGAAUCAUCUUCUUCAUCAACGGUUUCUUCAAAGAAGUGAACGAAGUUUCUAGCUUUUGUUUCUUCUUGUUAUGUGGUGUUUGGGAUCAGUGAAAGUCACAAGAUCAUUUUGUUUAUUGUUUUACUGAUCUUGAGACAGUAAUCUUUGUGGCUUUAUAGAAUCUCUAUGAAAAAGUCCCAAAGAAAAGUGUAGAGAAACUAAGGAAGAUCCUUGACUUUGUAAAUCAGAUCUCUUCCUAUGACUCUUGAGUAACAGAAAAAAAAAAUCAUUGUAUAA